GCGCGCGGUGAAUGUGGCUCAUUGCAUUAAUAUUGUUGCCCGCCUCUUGUUCUUUCCUGCAAAGACACUCUGUCAAAAUGCCUCGAAUCAUCUGCACAGGUUACGAGAUUACAGAUGCGCUACGGAAGUAUCUCGAGGUCGGUCACGGCGUAGAUUUCGACAAGGAUCUAGCAACCGACUCGGAGGACGACGAUGAAGUAGACGAGAUCAACAGCAAUGUUGACCCGCAGAAGCUAGCCAUGCAACGAGAAGCGGAAAUCGUUAUGUCUUACCAAGGCUACUUCAGAUCCAUUCGUAACAGCGCUCGACCAGAGAUAAGAAAGACACUUGAAAUACCAUACAGUUAUAAUAAAUAUGUCGAGCACGGUCGUCGAGUCUACAUGUUCAUGCCCACUGGAGCAUACACUCUCGAGCACUACAGGUCUGGUGCUCUUGCAUCUCCACCUGAGGAAGACCGGAAGGUUAUCCAGUCAUUCAUCGACUCUAUGAACGCCUUAUUACCGGACGACGUCGUGCGCGAAAAGGCAGAGCUCAAAAUCGAGGAGAUGCGGUUUGAGGUUCACUCUCCGCGAGCUGCACAUGCGCCUCCGUAUUACCGGCGCGAGCGUGAGGUGGCGGCCCAUGCGGCUAGGCGCUGGACGUUCGAGUUCCAAAGCUCGGUGGCUCAGCCGCCGGCAUGCGUGAGAACAUCGGACUGCGUACCAGAGGAAGGUUACGAGAUCACAGAUGCGCUACGAAGGUACCUCGAGGUUGGUCACGGCGUAGACUUCGACAAGGAUCUAGCAAUCGCCAUGGAGGAGGACGGUGAACUAGGCGAAAUCGACCGGAAUGUUGACCCACAGGAGCUAGCCAUGGAUCGAGAAGCGGCAAUCAUUAUGUCUUACCAAGACUACUUCAGAUCCGUUCGUGACAGCGCUCCGCCAGAGAUUAGGAAAGCACUUGAAAUACCAUACGAUUAUAGCAAAUGGGCCGGGCACGGUCUUCGAGUCUAUAUGUUUAUGCCAACUGGAGCGUACACUCUCGAACACUACACGUCCGGUGCUCUUAAAUCUCCACCUGAGGAAGACCGGAAAGUUAUCCAGUCAUUUAUCGACUCCAUGAACAGCCUAUUACCGGACGACGUUGUGCGCGAGAAGGCAGAGUUUAAAAUUGAGGAUAUGCGGUUUGAGGUUCACUCUCCACGAGCUAUACAUGCGCCUCCGUAUUACCGGCGCGAGCGUGAGUAUAUUGUCGCAACUAACAACUGUACAUUCACGACAUGCGCCUGUUCCACGCCCAAAGCGUACAGCAUCGUAAACUCACUUUCAGCAUAUGGAUCUAGCAACUGGGGCAAGAUACGCAGAAUCGUGUUGUGUCAUGAAAUAGGCAUGUGCGAGCGGACUUGCGCGAUCAAAAUAAGGUACAUGGCUUGCGGCGAUACGGAGGGCCAUACGGGCGGAUCUCGAAUAGCCAAGCGCAUGGAUGUGCGAGUAGGAUUCGCACCAAACGGUGUCGGGAUGACAGUGUUCCCUCCAAUAUGGCAAAGGUUAGAGAGAGAGUCUGCGAAAGACCUCAAGUCGACACAAGACGAGGAUGGUGAUGUUAUGAGAUUACAGAUGCGUUACGGAAAUACCUCGAGAAUCACUUCAGACGCAUUCGUAACAGAGCGACUACGACUUCACCCGGAAAUCCGGCUAAGCGUCAGUGCCGUAUUUGGCAGGCGAUCGGACGGAGUAUCUCAGUUGUAUCAUUCCCAGGCACAGAAGCAUGAUGUGACCGUUACAUGCGGGCGCUUCAAAGCGCUAAUUGAGAUGGGGGUGCAGAUACGAGGGGAUGGGUACGAGACCAGAGGCUCGCGAAUCCGGAAUGCCCACGUCUCCGUCAACGAGCCGCUCACCACACCAUCCGCCCGCGCGUCGCCGACGCGGGCGGAACGCACGCCAGCCUUUGAAGCUGGGCGGCACUGGACCGUCCGCUACGUUUCCGAGAUACCAGCCAAGGAUAGUAGAGCGGGAGGUAGAGGAUGA